AUGUCACUAACAACUAUACCCCUAGAACUAUGGCAGAAUAUCGCUCUUGAAGUUGUGGCGGACGUCAUCUCCACCCGCGAUAUCCGUUCCGGUUCCUUAGCCUUACCCGACAGUCUAUUGGCGCCCCUCGAGCCUGAUUCCUUUCGCUAUCCUGGAACAUUUGAGGACUCGACUGAGCAGAAUGAUGUCCGGCCACGCGGAUUUCACACCGAUGCUUGCAUCUACGAGACUACUUCCAACCCGGUACCGAGCCAGGCGCACUGGUACGGCAAAAGCAAAGAUUCCUCACCGAUAUCCGUGGUCGCCUCAUUGCUGGCCAUUGAUCGGCGCCGGCGACAGGCCCUGUACGAUCUCCCCGAAUUCUGGGAGGGCGUCGCGCUCUUGAUUCCCGCCGCCACAUCGCAUGCCUUGAAAUGCACAGACCGGCGACCUGGCAUCUCAUUGGACUUUACGUCCCACCUUCUUCUAUGCCCUUGCAUGCUGAAGAUGUUGAAGCCGCGUCUUUCCAAAGCGACUCGCAUUGACGUCGCCUUUUCUGGUGAACUCUCGGGCAACACCAAUCCGUCGUGGCUCCUGGGACAAUGGCUGGGUUCUCUUCCCCAUAGCGGCCUCCAACAUCUUGAGCAUCGCUACGCCCUCAGCAACCAGCUAGACUGGUCUAGCAUGCUGUAUCGCGAGCACCGGGAGUUGCAGAUUGAGCUGGCACUGAAUCCUUCAACCAUCUUGUGGGGUGGCGCCCUCCGCCGAUUGAGUCUGGCGGCGGAGAGACGGGAUCGUGCUAUACCUGCGGAUGAGCUACUUCUCCUUCUUACUCGUUGUUUAUCGCUGGAGGUGCUCGCGCUGCAGAUGGUAUUGGCUCCCUUUGAUGAUACGCCUCCCGUGGCGUUGCCAGUAUCUCUGCCCCACCUCCGAUAUUUUCUUCUCUGCGGAGAAAUCGCGGAAUGGCAGUCCGUGUGGCCGAAGAUCGCCAUCCCGGAAACCGCUUCUGUUCACGCCGACCUCAUCUUACCACGACUCGACAUAUUCCUUGAUUCUGUUGAUCGCUUUGUUGCAGAGGCAACAGUGAACUGCCUGAAUGGGCCGGGAUUUCCAUCGUGCCGGGUUGUGAUCUUGCACUACCAAACGAAGAUCCCAACAGAUCGGCCUCCUGACGACGAGUCCCCAGAGCUGGUGACCCUCACGUUUGCCGCCACUGAGGAGGAGGCAUGGGCGGAGAAAAACCCAGAACACUUGUCUCGCCGGUGGACAUUUACCGUUCGGUUCCCUGGGGGGGUCCUCGACACGCGCUACCCGCCGGGCCCGGGAGAGGACGGCAUGAACGUCGGCAGAGUUGCAAGCCACGAGCUACUAGUGAGCUCAAUAUGCUGGGGCAUUGAGAACUCGGCGGCCCAGAUCCCAGCUGUUGAUCUAAAGACCACCGAGGUCUUGAUCGUCAAAGCCGGUGGAAGGCUGCGUCACAUGGUGGACUUCUAUCAUCUGACGCCCCAUUUUCCCAACUUGAAGGACCUCGUCCUGUAUGGAGUCUUCAACAGAGAUAGUUAUGCUCUAAAAAGCACCAUACGCGAGCUCAGAGAUGGAACUUGGAGAAGCGUGGAGCGCGUUUGUCUGCCGGACUACGAAGGCUCAGGAUGGCGCAUGGACGGGUUUAAGGACCAAGAGGACCGGCAAGUCCGGUUUUCACCUUCGUUCACUAACGAUGACGGUGCGCCGGGUGUCCAUAUUUUCCAUUACUGGUUAACUCACAUAUCUUACGAGUGUGUAGUGAUACACCCUUUUCCGCUCUGA